AUGGCAGAGUCCUCCAAGGCGGUUAGUUUAACAGUUGAAGAGGAACAACCUGAAGCAAAGCCCCCUCACCAGGCUAUGUUUCUGGUCUUGACAUACCUUCCUGUGUACGAGCUUGUGCUCAUGUCACAGGUUUGCACAUCACUGAGGGAUGCAGUCAACCAUGACAUAUUACCGUGGUUGAAUGUUACUGUUGAAAGGCCUCUCAAUUGGCGACUCAAUGAUGAGAUUCUAUUGAAAGUCACCUCCAAGGCUAAUGGUAGGCUCAAAAUUCUCACUCUCAUCAACUGCAUGCACGUUACCGACGAGGGUCUCCAAAGGGUCGUGGAACAAAAUCCUCUCAUAAACAAGCUGCGUAUACCAGCAUGCUCAGGUAUAACCCCUGAAGGAGUUCUAAGAGCCGUGAAAACACUAUGCGAAAGAAGCAAUUGCUUGAAGACCUUAAGUAUAAACGGCAUUUACAACGUACAGAAGGAUCAUCUUGACAUGCUUAUGAUGAACCUGGGAAACAAUCAGCCAUUAGAGGAGCAGCAAAAGCAGCAGCCUGUCUACUAUCAUGAACGAGGUCGCUUUUCGGUAUUUAAGCAUGAAGAAAGGCAACGGCUUAUUGAUUUGGAGAUAUGUCCCAGGUGCUUUGAGGUGAGAAUGGUUUAUGAUUGCCCCAGAGAGCACUGCAUGAGGAGGGAUUGGCCACUAGCUCCAUGUAGGGGUUGCAAAUUUUGUAUUCCAAGGUGUGAAAACUGUGGUAGAUGCAUUGAAUCCGGAGAAGUGGAAGAGGGAGCUUGUGAAGAUAUAUUCUGCCUUGAAUGUUGGUUACAGCUACCCAAAUGCAGUUUCUGUAACAAACCAUACUGUAAGCAACAUACAAAUUGGUGGUGCACUUCCUCGGACUCUUCAUUGAUCUGUAAAGUUUGUGAUGAAAACUCUCACGGAUAUACGUAUACUGAUGUUCUAUAA